AUGCAGUACAGCCUCUUCAACACUAACUCUAGCUCUUUCAACGGACCCAUACCCUCCCUGCCGCCCAACUUAUACUUAGUCACCUUAACCACCACCUUUAAGGCUGCAGACCCAUACUACAUCUCAACGCUGAAACCAGACAUUACCGUUAGUCUGGCACACACCGCCUUUACAUUGCGCCACCAGCAGCAGCUUAUAGACUACCAGGCUGCUGGGUUUAUACUGAGCGACCUACAUGCGGCAGAUAUAGGCGUUUGCUUUCUAUUCCUAGUUGUUGAGGCGAAGGGACUGAGCGUGAAUGGCAGCCUUGUCAGCGCGCAGAACCAAUCAGCCAUCUGCAGCGCCUCCAUGCUCCAGAUCCUUAAAGACCUCAACUCCCAGACCCCAGCGCUGGAUCCAGGACCUCUGUCAUCCACAACGCCCGCUCUGUGCUUCUCUGUCGUUACCGAAGGCCCUGUUUAUAAGCUGUGGGUGCACUUCCACCACAACAGCACAGUCUACAUGGUCUUGCUGUGGUUAUGGCGCACGACGCACACGCGUAGUGCAAAUAAGCUAGUGCUUUUCCUUGUGCGAAUCAUGGACUGGGGAAGGAGUGCUUUCAGGGACAGCGUGGUGCAGAAGCUGGACAACAUACCAGAACAGGUAAGGUCUAGGUUUUGA